AUGUUGUAUGGUUCUAAAUUUUAACAAAAUAAAGCGAAUAAAUAAAAGUAAACCCAUUUUAUAAUUGAGAUGAAGAAUUAAAAUUAAUCGUUUACUAAAAUGUGAAUUAAGAACAUAAUUAAAUUUGAAAAAGCAAUUAAGAUUGAGUUCAGAUAUUUAAGUUGAAAAAAAAUAUAAAAUAGAUGGAUUAUAAAAUGAUGAAAUCUAAGAAUAUAAUUUUUAGAAAGGUAUGGUUACUUCUGAUAUUUACAGCAAUUGAUAUAUUUUGUUUCAAUUUUAAAUAAGAAGAAUCAAACUAAAGGCAUGAAAAUUCAGAAUAUUAUAAUAAUUAAGGUAAAUUUAAACCAAUAUUCCAAAAAGCAAAUACAUUAGUUGAAAAAAAUCAAUAUAAAGAAGCAUUAUAAUUUUAUGAUUUAGCUAUUUAGAGAAAUCCCAAAAAUUCACUUUAUUAUUUUAAAAAAGGUACAUUUCAACAUUCAUAUUUCUAAGCUUUUGCUUUAAUGGAAUUAGAUGAAUUUGAGCAAGCAAUAAAAUAUUACGAUUUAGCAAUAGAGAUACAUCCUGAAAUCCCAGAAUAUUAUAACAAGAAAUGUAUUUGAAAAUUCAUUCUUUUAGCAUAAACUUUAAUGCUUAUGGAUAGAUGUAGAGAAUCAUUAAAAUUUCUUGAUUUAUGUAUCUCUAAAAAUCCACAAAAUUCAAAUUAUUAUUACGAUAAAGGUAUAUUGGGUUAUUCAUCUUUAUUAGCGUCUGCUUUAGUUGAUUUGAGAAGAUUUGAAGAAGCGCUAUAAUAUUAAGAUUUAGCUAUUUAGAUAAAUUCUGAAAUAUCAGAUUACUACAAUUACAAAGGUAUAGCUGAGCGAUCAACCUUUUUUUAGCAACUAUUUUAACGCAUAUGAAUAGGCUAGGAGACGCAUUAAAAAAUUGUGAUUUAGCUAUUCAGAAAAACUCUGAAAAAUCAUUAUAUUUUCUUACAAAAGGUAGAAUUAGUAAACAUUUAAUGUAGCUGAUGUUUUAUAUAAAAUGAACAGAUUUGAGGAAGCAUUGUAGUAUUUUGACUAGGCUAUUUGCAAAAGUUCUGAAAAUCCAGAAUAUUAUAAUAGCAAAGGUAUAUUUUUAACAGUCAUCCUUUAUAGCAAUUACAUUAAUGAAAAUGGAUAGAUUAGAAGAGGCAUUGAAAUUUUUUGAUUUAGCCAUAUUUAAAAACCCUGAAGAACCACUUUAUUUUAAUAACAAGGGUAUAAUAUGCCAUGUAUUUCUUUAGCUGAAUUACUAAAAAAGAUGGGUAGAUUUGAAGAAGCAUUGAAGUAUUGCAAUUUAGCAAUUUAAAGAAACCCUGAAGAUUCAUAUUACAUCAAUAAAUAAGGUAAAAUUAGUCAAGUAUUCUCAUGUAGGUGAAGUGUUAUCAAAAAUGAGUAGAUUUGAAGAAGCAUUACAAUUAUACGACAAGGCUAUUAAAAACAACUCUGAAAUGCCAGAAUAUUAUUAUAACAAAGGUUAAUUUUCCAUAGUCAUCCUUUUUAGCAAUUACAUUAAUGGAAAUGAAUAGAGUGGAAGAGGCAAUUAACUUUUUUGAUUUUGCUAUCUAGAAAAACCCUGAAGAAUCAGUUUAUUUUGGUAACAAAGGUAUUAUUAACCAUAUCUAAUUAUUUAGCUCAAGCUUUAUCAAAAAUAAAUAGAAAUGAAGAAGCAUUAGAAUAUUGUGAUUUAGCUAUUUAGAUAAACCCUGAAAUCUCAUCAAACUAUUGUUAAAAAGGUAUUCAGAAUGCAUUCUUAUUAGCAUCUACUUUAAUGUAAAUGAAUAGAUAAGAAGAAGCUUUAUUAAAUUGUGAUAUGGCUAUUUAGAGAAAUCCUGAAAUUUUUGAAUAUUAUAAUAACAAAGGUAUAUUUAUAACAUUUAAGCUUUUUGCAGCAAUCGCUUUAAUAUAAAUGAAUCGAUUUGAAUAGGCGUUAAAAUCAUUAGAUCUAGCUAUUUAUUAUAACCCAUAAAAUUCAUAGUUAUAUACUAACAAAUGUAAAUAUCACUACUUUUUUAUAGCUGAAACAUUACAUUUAAUGAAUAGGUUUGAAGAAGCAUUAUAAUAGAAUGAUAUUGCCAUUUUAAAAACGUCUGACAAUUCGGACAAUUUUUAUAACAGAUGUAGAAAUAACUCCCAUAAUUUUCAAGCUGAAACUUUACAAAAAAUGAAUAGAUUUGAAGAAGCAUUAUAAUAUUGUGAUUUAGCUAUUUAGCAAAACCCUGAAAUCUCAGAUAACUAUUUUUAAAAAGGUGUUUUCGAAUAUAUUCUUAUUAGCAUCUAUUUUAUUAAAAAUGAAUAGAUUAGAAGAAGCAUUAGAUUAUUGCAAUAUGACUAUUUAGAGAAACCCUGAAUUGUCAUAGGCUUAUAAUUAAAAGGGUAUAAUUGAAUAAGUGUACUUUUUAGCAUUAAUUUUAGUAGAAUUGCAAAGAUUUUAAGAAGCAUUAUCAUAUUAUGAUUUAGCUAUUUAGAUAAAUCCUGAAGCAUCCGAAUAUUUUCAUAACAAAGGUAUAAGAGACAUUCAUCCUUUCUAGCAUAUGCUUUAUAGGAAAUGAAUUUAUAUAAAGAAGCAUUGUUAUAUUAUGAAUUGGCUAUUAAUAAAAACCCUAAUAACCCAGAUCACGAUAUAGGAAAAGGUAAUCAUAUUUUGAAUAUUUUUGCAGCAAUAACCCUAGAUAUGAUGAAUAGAUAUUCAGAAGCAUUAGAAUAUUGUGAUUCUGCUAUCUAGAAAAAUCCUGAAGAAUCAGGUUAUUUUUUUUGUAAAGGUAGAUAUUAUAAUAUGAAGUUGUGUAGCAAGAACUCUAGAAAAUAUGAAUAGAUAUGAAGAAGCAUUAGAAUAUUAUGAUUUGGCAAUUUAGAAGAACCCUGAAAAAUCAGAAUAUUAUAUUGGUAAAGGUACANACAAAGGUUAAUUUUCCAUAGUCAUCCUUUUUAGCAAUUACAUUAAUGGAAAUGAAUAGAGUGGAAGAGGCAAUUAACUUUUUUGAUUUUGCUAUCUAGAAAAACCCUGAAGAAUCAGUUUAUUUUGGUAACAAAGGUAUUAUUAACCAUAUCUAAUUAUUUAGCUCAAGCUUUAUCAAAAAUAAAUAGAAAUGAAGAAGCAUUAGAAUAUUGUGAUUUAGCUAUUUAGAUAAACCCUGAAAUCUCAUCAAACUAUUGUUAAAAAGGUAUUCAGAAUGCAUUCUUAUUAGCAUCUACUUUAAUGUAAAUGAAUAGAUAAGAAGAAGCUUUAUUAAAUUGUGAUAUGGCUAUUUAGAGAAAUCCUGAAAUUUUUGAAUAUUAUAAUAACAAAGGUAUAUUUAUAACAUUUAAGCUUUUUGCAGCAAUCGCUUUAAUAUAAAUGAAUCGAUUUGAAUAGGCGUUAAAAUCAUUAGAUCUAGCUAUUUAUUAUAACCCAUAAAAUUCAUAGUUAUAUACUAACAAAUGUAAAUAUCACUACUUUUUUAUAGCUGAAACAUUACAUUUAAUGAAUAGGUUUGAAGAAGCAUUAUAAUAGAAUGAUAUUGCCAUUUUAAAAACGUCUGACAAUUCGGACAAUUUUUAUAACAGAUGUAGAAAUAACUCCCAUAAUUUUCAAGCUGAAACUUUACAAAAAAUGAAUAGAUUUGAAGAAGCAUUAUAAUAUUGUGAUUUAGCUAUUUAGCAAAACCCUGAAAUCUCAGAUAACUAUUUUUAAAAAGGUGUUUUCGAAUAUAUUCUUAUUAGCAUCUAUUUUAUUAAAAAUGAAUAGAUUAGAAGAAGCAUUAGAUUAUUGCAAUAUGACUAUUUAGAGAAACCCUGAAUUGUCAUAGGCUUAUAAUUAAAAGGGUAUAAUUGAAUAAGUGUACUUUUUAGCAUUAAUUUUAGUAGAAUUGCAAAGAUUUUAAGAAGCAUUAUCAUAUUAUGAUUUAGCUAUUUAGAUAAAUCCUGAAGCAUCCGAAUAUUUUCAUAACAAAGGUAUAAGAGACAUUCAUCCUUUCUAGCAUAUGCUUUAUAGGAAAUGAAUUUAUAUAAAGAAGCAUUGUUAUAUUAUGAAUUGGCUAUUAAUAAAAACCCUAAUAACCCAGAUCACGAUAUAGGAAAAGGUAAUCAUAUUUUGAAUAUUUUUGCAGCAAUAACCCUAGAUAUGAUGAAUAGAUAUUCAGAAGCAUUAGAAUAUUGUGAUUCUGCUAUCUAGAAAAAUCCUGAAGAAUCAGGUUAUUUUUUUUGUAAAGGUAGAUAUUAUAAUAUGAAGUUGUGUAGCAAGAACUCUAGAAAAUAUGAAUAGAUAUGAAGAAGCAUUA